UGGGACCUGGCCCAAUCGCACCCCCUGCCCCCGGUAGUUACACCACUGAGUUUCCCCACUAAUAUAGGAGGAAUUAUAUCUUGGAUGAGAUCAAGGACAACUGUAGUUCAGCUUUGUCUGAAGAAAUUAGAACAGGAAUGUUUUUUACCUGGACUGUUGCAAAACACACUUUUCUCGGAAAACUGUAUUGCUCAAUUCCAAUCUGAUCUGCUAAAGGAGGGGGAAGCAGGACUUACUGUUCUGUGAUAACUGGAAACAUAAUGAACAUUGUUUUGGCUUCUGUGAUUGCCUUUGGCCUUUUGGUCACAGCAUGUAAUGCUUUUUGCUUCACUGAGCUUCCAAAAAUGGGACAGACCGAAGGUUGCCUUUAUAAAGACAAGCUGCAUAGGUUGGGAAGCAAAUUUAGAACAAAUGAUUGUAUGGACUGUACCUGUCAUAUGGAUGGCAAAAUGGCAUGUUGCCAAGCGUAUGCUACCCCAGUGGAGUAUGAUAAGGAAAAAUGUAUAGCUGUUUUUAAUCGGAAAGCCUGCCAUUAUCGCGUUGUGGAAAAGAGAAAUCGAUCAAAGGAAUGUGAGGUUUUGGCUAUGGUGGGCUGAGAUAACAGUCUCCUUUGGCUACAGCUUCGUGAAUGGAAUUCAUAUCCUUAGAUGCAAAGAUAAAUCAGCUUGAAUUAUAUAAAGUGUUUAAGAAUAAAUAAGAUUAAUUCAACAAAUAAGUAAAAAUAAAGUUAUUAAAAAAAA